AUGGGGUGUUUGGAGCCCAUCCCCAUGGCAUCAUCUUUGCCUUGGUCCAAGUAUGGAGUCCAAGGUCCAUUGAAGAUGGACGCCUUGCUGGCCAUGUGCGCCUGCUGCCGGCUCAGGUUGCUGGGCGUGGUGCAGCGCUGGCUGGAGGACGCCUGCGCCAAGCUGAAAAGCUCCCUUCAGGUGAAGAGUGGUGAGAUCGUGAUGUCCCCGAAGCAGCCGGACGAGCUUCACAGCGCCAUCGAGGCCGUGAAGAGCCUAGAUCCCUUCCUGAUGAAGAUCACCCCAGUGCUGGCCUCGAUCCGUCAGAUGUUCGAGGUCCUGGAGAGCCGCUUCCAUCAGGUGCCGCGGGCUCUCAUCAAGCGAUGGUAUGAGUGCAUCCACGCGGUGCCAGACCUCCGGGACCGUGCGGAGAAGUGGCGCAACAUCUUCCGCAAGGACCUUCGGGGUAAGUUCAACAUGAAGAUCGCGGAAAAGGCCAAGGUCCUCUUGGCACAAGUGGAAGAGUGCAGGCUGGUGUUGGAGGAGUACGCUUGCAAGGUGUCGCUCAACAAGGCCGAGUUUUACUACAACAAGAUGAACAAGUUGCAGGAGCGUGUCGCCAAAGUCCAGGAGCAGGUGGAGAAGCAGCACGUGCACGAGGAGAUGAUGGAGAUGCCUCUGUCGGAGUUUCCAGGCCUGGCGGCCACGGCCGAGCAGAUUGCGCCGUUGCUGGAGCUUUGGUACCUCGCCCAUGAGUGGAUCCAGUGGAAGGAUGAGAUCCUUUUCGGCGAGUUCGCCUGGGCUGCCAGCUCGCUGCCCGUGAAGAUGCAACCCACAGCCAAGGCAGCCCAUGACUUGCACACACCCCGGCUAUCCCGCCCUGGCUUCCCAAGCCACCUACGAAUCACCAUGAACGGCAUGGGCUUCGGGGAGCAGGGGCAGCAGUCCUCUCAGGACUGCUCCAUCCACAUCUGCACCAUUUGCCGAGCUCCGAUUCGGAUCUCCUACUUUGUUGGCAUCUUCUUUGUGUAUGAGCUGGUGAACAUCGGUAAGCAGGGUGGUAGCAACGAUGACAUCCUCUGGCAGGUGCUGCGGGCCUGCUGCAACGAGGCGGUCUUGCUCCUGACAAUCCUCUGUCACGAGUUUGGCCACGGCAACAUGGCCAGGUAUCUGGGCGGCGAGAUUAGCCAUAUUCUGCUUUGGGUCUUUGGAGGCAUCUGCUUCUCCACACGCCCCAGGAAUGACUCGGCGGACAACACCAAGCUGCUGCGCAACGACCUGCUGAUCGUGGCAGCAGGACCCUCCACGCACUUUGUGCAGGCGCCUGCUUGGGCACUGAUCCUAUGGCUCCUCUUCUUCAUCAUCACUUCUAAGGGCGGCGACACGGGCUACGACUCCCCUUGGGAGGCAGUGCAGGCUGCCAUCAAUCCCCUGGGAGGCUAUUACAACCCGUGGAGGUCCACCAUGGGCGAAUGGACACUGCUUGCUUGGAGCGUGGUCCAGAGCGCCAUCCAGCUUAACGUGGCCCUCUUCAUCUUCAACGUCUUCUUCCCCAUGUACCCAGCUGAUGGCGCCAAGCUGAUGGUUACCAGCCUGAUGUUCUUCUGCGGCGUCACCCCCAGGAAGGCGUCAAUGGUGCUCAUUUGCACCUCCGUCCCCUGCGGCCUGCUGAUGAUCGCGUGGGCGGUGUGGGGCCUGAUCAAAGCGGGGCCCAGCGGCAUCCUGGGGAGCCUCAUGGGCUGGAUGGGGGUCAUGAGCCUCAUGGAGGCUUGGCGCAUUUGGAAGCUGCGCAAGGCGAGGCAGCUGAACACGCAUCCACUCUUCGAGGUCGCCAAGUCCUGGCGGCGUACCGAGCGAGACAGAUUUGGCGUGGUGCAUCGCAUCAACCAGUCGGACUUCGACGACGACGAGCCGCUGACGCGGGGCGGCUGCUGGCGCAACCUCUGCGCUGUGUUUAGAGGCGGCGACAGCGACGAGUCGCCGCGGGGCGCCUGUUGCUGCUGCUGCAACUUCGGCCGCCGAGGGCCGGAAGAGGUGGAGGUGGUACCUUCGGCUAGCCCGGAGCACCAGGCAGCGCUGCGGUCCCAGCGAGACCAAUUUGUACAGAGGAUGGAGCAGCAGCGCAUCGACCAGUCCCGCGACGGGCGGUGCUCCGAGUCCAAAAUCGACCCCAACACCGUGAAGCAGAAGCUUCAGACCUGCACCGAGACGAUGCGCCGCCUCGAGGAGGUGCCUUUCGUUGUCAUCGGUCUGCAGAGCUCAUGCGCUGAGCUAGGUUCGGGCCGGGUGUUUUUAUGCUUCCCCUUGGGUGGGGUGAACGUCACCAGCUUGGAUGGGGGAACCAACGGUCCCCCCAAAGAGGUGCUCCACUCCCUGUCGCUGGAGCUCACAGAGCUGCGAGUGCUGCUGCCGGCCGCGAGCCUGGCCGUCUCUGAAUCGGUCAUCGUGUCCCUGCGGAACCCGGGUCUGCGAGAGCGGCAUUGGACCCUCAUCGGCGAGGCCAUUGAUCAAAACAUUCAGGCGAAUCAGAUGAAGGAGAUCAGCCUGUCCGUCAUGAACGAGCGGUAUCCCUUCGUGGCCCACCUCUCCAAAAUCCAGGCGAUCUCUGAGACGGCGUCCAGAGAGAUGCUGAUCGAGGAGGAGCUGCGCAGGAUGCAGGACCAGUGGACGAAGCUGACCUUCCAGUUCCAGCCGGGCAAUCUGGGCGAAGACGGUGAGUGGUUGGAGGAAGAGACCUCCAGCCUCAUGGCCCAAGUGCACCAUCCGGAGGCGCGCUGGGGGCCAGCCUGGCUCGAAGCUUGA